CACAGGCGGCGAGUUCCUCAAGGUAGUUCCGGAGUGGCGCACGGCUUCCCGGAACUGAGCCGGCCGGUGUUUGGAGCUCGGGGCGUGGGGUCGAGCAUGUCGGGGCGAGGCAAGCAGGGCGGUAAGGUGCGCGCCAAGGCCAAGUCGCGUUCGUCGCGCGCGGGCCUGCAGUUCCCCGUGGGCCGCGUUCACCGGCUGCUGCGCAAGGGCAACUACGCGGAGCGCGUGGGCGCGGGCGCGCCGGUGUACCUCGCGGCCGUGCUGGAGUACCUGACGGCCGAGAUCCUGGAGCUGGCGGGCAACGCGGCGCGCGACAACAAGAAGACGCGCAUCAUCCCGCGCCACCUGCAGCUGGCCAUCCGCAACGACGAGGAGCUCAACAAGCUGCUGGGCCGCGUGACCAUCGCGCAGGGCGGCGUCCUGCCUAACAUCCAGGCGGUGCUGUUACCCAAGAAGACAGAGAGCCAGAAGGUGAAGAGCAAGUGAACCCGACGGGUGCAGAGCCCACCGCAGUCCGCAGCCAAUAAAGUCGGUGAAAAGAGAGUAA